CUAUCCAAACCUGUUUUGAUCUACUUUCUACUACUCCUGACACACAAACGAAGAUCUUUCGUUCGUUUGUCUGAUGGGCUUCAAUUGUGUUGUGUCGAUAUAGACGCUGCCUCUCCGGGAGUAAAAAGAAGAGAAGAAUGAUCAACUAUGGCUUCAGGUGACUCCCUCCAUCUCUCAGAGCUGAGGAUUGUGCUGCUGGGGGGGAGAGGUGCAGGGAAGAGUUCAUCAGGAAACACCAUCCUGGACAGAGAGGAGUUUGACCUGAGGACAGCUGCUCAGUGUGUGAAGAGACUAGUAGCAGGGAGGCAGGUCACUGUGGUCGACACUCCAGGAUGGUGGAGGCAACUCCAUGUAGAACAUACUACUGAGCUGGUUAAACAGGAGAUAGUAUGCAGUGUGUCUCUGUGUCCUCCAGGACCCCACACUCUCCUCCUGGUCAUAGACUUGGGUGUCGCCUUCACAGACCAAGAGAGAAGAUCAGUAGAGGGACACCUGCAGCUUCUCAGUGAGAGAGUCUGGAGUCACACUAUAGUGCUGUUCACCAGUGGGGACCGUCUGGGAGACACAACCAUUGAGCAGCACAUUGAGAGAGAAGGGAAGGCCCUCCAGUGGCUUGUUGAGAAAUGUGGGAACAGGUAUCAUGUCCUCAACAAUAAGAACAGGGGUGAUGACACUCAGGUCACUGAGCUGUUGGACAAGAUGGAGGAGAUGGUGGCAGGAAACAGAGGAGGCCACUAUGAGAUGGACAGAGAGAUCCUGGAGAAGAUAGAGGAGAGAAGGAGGGCAGAGGAAGAGAGAGCACGACAGAGGCUGAUGAAGGUGCAGGAACAGAGAGAGACUCUCAGAUCACUAAUGGGUGACUCCCUCCAUCUCUCAGAGCUGAGGAUUGUGCUGCUGGGGGGGAAACGUGCAGGGAAGAGUUCAUCAGGAAACACCAUCCUGGGCAGAGAGGAGUUUGACCUGAGGACAGCUGCUCAGUGUGUGAAGAGACAGGGAGAAGUAGCAGGGAGGCAGGUCACUGUGGUCGACACUCAAGGAUGGUGGAGGAAUUUCCCUGUACAAAGGACUACUAAGCUGGUUAAACAGGAGAUAGUACGCAGUGUGUCUCUGUGUCCUCCAGGACCCCACACUCUCCUCCUGGUCAUACGGCUGGAUGUCUCAUUCACAGCGGAAGAGAGAAGAUCAGUAGAGGGUAACCUGCAGCUUCUCAGUGAGAGAGUCUGGAGUCACACUAUAGUGCUGUUCACUCAUGGGGACUGUCUGGGAGACACAACCAUUGAGCAGCACAUUGAGAGAGAAGGGAAGGCCCUCCAGUGGCUUGUUGAGAAAUGUGGGAACAGGUAUCAUGUCCUCAACAAUGAGAACAGGGGUGAUGACAUUCAGGUCACUGAGCUGUUGGACAAGGUGGAGGAGAUGGUGGCAGGAAACAGAGGAGGCCACUAUGAGAUGGACAGAGAGAUUCUGGAGAAGAUAGAGGAGAGAAGGAGGGCAGAGGAAGAGAGAGCACAACAGAGGCUGAUGAAGGUGCAGAAACAGAGAGAUACUCUCAGAUCACUAAUGGGUGACUCCCCCCAUCUCUCAGAGCUAAGGAUUGUGCUGUUGGGGGUGAAACAUGAAGGGAAGAGUUCAUCAGGAAACACCAUCCUGGGCAGAGAGGAGUUUGACCUGAGGACAGCUGCUCAGUGUGUGAAGAGACAGGGAGAAGUAGCAGGGAGGCAGGUCACUGUGGUCGACACUCCAGGAUGGUGGAGGGAUCUCACUUUAGAUAGUACUACUGAGCUGGUUAAACAGGAGAUAGUACACAGUGUGUCUCUGUGUCUUCCAGGGCCCCACACUCUCCUCCUGGUCAUACGGCUGGAUGUCUCAUUCCUAGAGAAACACAAAAGAUCAGUAGAGGGACACCUGCAGCUUCUCAGUAAGAGAGUCUGGAGUCACACUAUAGUGCUGUUCACCUAUCGGGACCAUCUGGGAGACACAACCAUUGAGCAGCACAUUGAGAGAGAAGGGAAGGCCCUCCAGUGGCUUGUUGAGAAAUGUGGGAACAGGUAUCAUGUCCUCAACAAUAAGAACAGGGGUGAUGACACUCAGGUCACUGAGCUGUUGGACAAGAUGGAGGAGAUGGUGGCAGGAAACAGAGGAGGCCACUAUGAGAUGGACAGAGAGAUCCUGGAGAAGAUGGAGGAGAGAAGGAGGGCAGAGAAAGAGAGAGCACAACAGAGGCUGAUAAAGGUGCAGGAACAGAGAGAGACUCUCAGAUCACUAAUGGGUGACUCCCUCCAUCUCUCAGAGCUGAGGAUUGUGUUGCUGGGGGGGAAAGAUGCAGCAAGGAGUACAUCAGGAAACACCAUCCUGGGCAGAGAGGAGUUUGACCUGAGGACAGCUGCUCAGUGUGUGAAGAGACAGGGAGAAGUAGCAGGGAGGCAGGUCACUGUGGUCGACACUCCAGGAUGGUGGAGGAAUAUCACUGUAGAGAGCACUACUGAGCUGGUCAAACAGGAGAUAGUACGCAGUGUGUCUCUGUGUCCUCCAGGGCCCCACACUCUCCUCCUGGUCAUACGACUGGAUGUCUCAUUCACAGCGGAAGAGAGAAUAUCAGUAGAGGGUAACCUGCAGCUUCUCAGUGAGAGAGUCUGGAGUCACACUAUAGUGCUGUUCACUCAUGGGGACUGUCUGGGAGACACAACCAUUGAGCAGCACAUUGAGAGAGAAGGGAAGGCCCUCCAGUGGCUUGUUGAGAAAUGUGGGAACAGGUAUCAUGUCCUCAACAAUGAGAACAGGGCUGAUGACACUCAGGUCACUGAGCUGUUGGACAAGAUGGAGGAGAUGGUGGCAGGAAACAGAGGAGGCCACUAUGAGAUGGACAGAGAGAUCCUGAAGAAGAUAGAGGAGAGAAGGAGGGCAGAGGAAGAGAGAGCACAACAGAGGCUGAUGAAGGUGCAGGAACAGAGAGAGACUCUCAGAUCACUAAUGGGUGACUCCCUCCAUCUCUCAGAGCUGAGGAUUGUGCUGCUGGGGGGGAAACGUGCCGGGAAGAGUUCAUCAGGAAACACCAUCCUGGACAGAGAGGAGUUUGACCUGAGGACAGCUGCUCAGUGUGUGAAGAGACAGGGAGAAGUAGCAGGGAGGCAGGUCACUGUGGUCGACACUCCAGGAUGGUGGAGGAAUAUCACUGUAGAGAGGACUACUGUGGUGGUUAAAGAGGAGAUAGUACGCAGUGUGUCUCUGUGUCCUCCAGGACCCCACACUCUCCUCCUGGUUAUACGGCUGGAUGUCUCAUUCCUAGAGCAACACAGAAGAUCAGUAGAGGGACACCUGCAGCUUCUCAGUGAGAGAGUCUGGAGUCACACUAUGGUGCUGUUCACCAAUGUUGACUGUCUGGGAGACACAACCAUUGAGCAUCACAUUGAGAGAGAAGGGAAGGCCCUCCAGUGGCUUGUUGAGAAAUGUGGGAACAGGUAUCAUGUCCUCAACAAUAAGAACAGGGGUGAUGACACUCAGGUCACUGAGCUGUUGGACAAGAUGGAGGAGAUGGUGGCAGGAAACAGAGGAGGCCACUAUGAGAUGGACAGAGAGAUCCUGGAGAAGAUAGAAGAGAGAAGGAGGGCAGAGGAAGAGAGAGCACAACAGAGGCUGAUGAAGGUGCAGGAACAGAGAGAGACUCUCAGAUCACUAAUGGGUGACUCCCUCCAUCUCUCAGAGCUGAGGAUUGUGCUGCUGGGGGGGAAACUUGCAGGGAAGAGUUCAUCAGGAAAUACAAUCCUGGGCAGAGAGGAGUUUGACCUGAGGACAGCUGCUCAGUGUGUGAAGAGACAGGGAGAAGUAGCAGGGAGGCAGGUCACUGUGGUCGACACUCCAGGAUGGUGGAGGAAUCUUCCUGUAGAAGAGACUACUGAACUGGUUAAACAGGAGAUAGUACGCAGUGUGUCUCUGUGUCCUCCAGGACCCCACACUCUCCUCCUGGUCAUACGGCUGAGUGUCUUAUUCCCAGAGAAACACAGAAGAUCAGUAGAGGGACACCUACAGCUUCUCAGUGAGAGAGUCUGGAGUCACACUAUAGUGCUGUUCACCAAUGGGGACUGUCUGGGAGACACAACCAUUGAGCAGCACAUUGAGACAGAAGGGAAGGACCUCCAGUGGCUAGUUGAGAAAUGUGGGAACAGGUAUCAUGUCCUCAACAAUGAGAUCAGGGGUGAUGACACUCAGGUCACUGAGCUGUUGGACAAGAUGGAGGAGAUGGUGGCAGGAAACAGAGGAGGCCACUAUGAGAUGGACAGAGAGAUCUUGAAGAAGAUAGAGGAGAGAAGGAGGGCAGAGGAAGAGAGAGUACAACAGAUUCUGAUGAAGGUGCAGGAACAGAGAAAGACUCUCAGAUCACUAAUGGGUGACUCCCUCCAUCUCUCAGAGCUGAAAAUUGUGCUGCUGGGGGGGAGAAAUGAAGGAAAGAGUUCAUCGGGAAAUACCAUCCUGGGCAGAGAGGAGUUUGACCUCAGGACAGCUGCUCAGUGUGUAAAGAGACAGGGAGAAGUAGCAGGGAGGCAGGUCACUGUGGUCGACACUCCAGGAUGGUGGAGGGGUCUCUCUGUAGAGAGUACUACUGAGCUGGUUAAACAGGAGAUAGGACGUGUGUCUCUGUGUCCUCCAGGACCCCACACUCUCAUCCUGGUCAUAGACUUGGAUGACUCAUUCCUAGAGGAAGAGAGAAGAUCAGUAGAGGGACACCUGCAGCUUCUCAUUGAGGGAGUCUGGAGUCACACUAUAGUGCUGUUCACCAGUGGGGACUGUUUGGGAGACACAACCAUUGAGCAGCACAUUGAGAGAGAAGGGGAGGCCCUGCAGUGGCUUGUUGAGAAAUGUGGCAACAGGUAUCAUGUCCUCAACAAUAAGAACAGGGUUGAUGACACUCAGGUCACUGAGCUGCUGAACAAGGUGGAGGAGAUGGUGGCAGCAAACAGAGGAAAUGUGUUUUACCAGACAUCACUACUGCCUCUGACAAGAGCUGGGAGCUACGACAUCCUCCCUAAAAAUAUGAGUGGAGACAGCAGAGCUGAGAGAGACGAUGAUUCUGGUUGGAGAUUACUGUGGAGGCUUACAGAGUCAGAGUGUAGAUUUGGUAGAUCUGAUCACCUGUCUCCGGAGAGCUUAUGCUACAGCUACCAGACCUCCAUACUUUCUCACCUCAGCUCAGGGAGUAACCCACACAGAUCUCCACACAGCAGAUUAAACCCUGAACCUGCACACAGCAGGGAACCACAAGGACCGACCCUAACUUUUGUGAUACCUGAAUUCACCUCACAACCUUCAGAGACUUUAUACAGGCUCCAGUGCCCCCAUGCAGGUGUGUUCCAGUGCAGGUUGACAGGUCUGGUCUUUUAGAUGGAGGGAGAAGGGGAGGUGCAUUACAGAACUGUCCAAUGGGACGAAGAUCUGCUGCACUCCACAGGCCAGACCCCUGCAGGACCCCUGUUCAACAUCAGCUGUCCUCAGGGCUCUGUC